AUGCUGUGUUUGAGCGGGCUCUCGGUGGCCCUCGCGCUCGCCCUCGUGCCGGGGUCCGUGGAGUCCCUGAAAGAGGGAGAAUGUGAAGUGUGCGUCACCUUUCUGGGGAAGUUCUACCAGCUGCUGAAGGACAGCAACACCAAGUUCAACAGCGCCGACAUCGAGACGGCGCUGGUCUCCAGCUGCAAGGACGCCAAAGGCAAAGAGAACCGCUUUUGUUAUUACAUCGGAGCGACGAGCGACGCGGCGACCAAAAUGAUCAACGAGGUUUCUAAGCCGCUCAGCUCCCACGUCCCCGUGGACAAGGUCUGCGAGAAGCUCAAGAAGAAGGACAGCCAGAUCUGCGAGCUGCGCUAUGAGGUCGGAGGUCGCGUUCCCUCCUGCUGUGGACUCUGCUGGUUUAUGUCCUGGUUUAUACUCUGCUGCCCCCUGGUGGCCAGAGGCCAGAACUGCAGCUGGUGGAGGCUCGACUCAAAACCAUAA